AUGGCUAAAGAUAAGGUGGAGGUGACAAGGGAGUUAGAUUGGACCUUGCUUCCCCCAGCAGAAGUUUCCCAAGUAGAAGGGAUUGUUCUAGAGAAGAAUUUGUGCAACAACUGGGAUAAAAUCUGGAACUUUCAAGCCAAGCCUGAUGACCUUCUCAUUGCUUCCUAUCCCAAAGCAGGAACUACUUGGAUACAGGAAAUUGUAGAUCUGAUACAGAACAAUGGAGACUUUGAGAAGAGCAGACGGGCUCCCAUUAGCCUUCGACAACCUUUCUUGGAGUGGAUGAGAAGCACGGUCUCUGGAAUUGACGAGGCUAAUGCAAUGCCUUCCCCAAGGACCCUGAAAACUCAUCUUCCCGUGCAGCUACUACCUCCAUCCUUCUGGGAGAAAAACUGUAAGAUAAUUUACAUAGCAAGGAAUGCCAAGGACAACAUGGUGUCCUACUACCAUUUUCAAAGGAUGAACAAAAGGCUCCCUGACCCAGGAAGCUGGGACGAGUACUUUGAAACGUUUCUGUCAGGCAAAGUGAUAUGGGGGUCCUGGUAUGACCACGUGAAAGGCUGGUGGAAGAAGAAAGACAGUCACCCCAUUCUCUAUCUUUUCUACGAAGAAAUGCAGAAAGACCCAAAGUGUGAAAUUAGAAAAAUUAUGCAAUUCCUGGGGAUGAACCUAAAAGAAGAGGUUUUAGAUAAAAUUGUCUAUUACACUUCAUUUGACGUAAUGAAGAAGAACCCCAUGACCAACUACAUAAAUGACGCCGCAAUGAACCACCAUCUUUCUCCGUUCAUGAGGAAAGGAGUCAUGGGAGACUGGAAAAAUCAGUUCACUGAAGCUCAGAACAAGCAAUUCAAUGAAAACUAUGAGAAAAAUAUGACUGACACCUCUCUGUCGUUCAGCAUGGAACCCUAA